AUGCCAACAAAAAAGGUUAAAUCAGCAAAGACAGCACGUGCAACAAGUGCAUCACCAAAACGUAAAGCUCGUGCUAAAAGUGCUGAUGUACGUUCAGAAGUUGAUGUAUUAUCACCAGCGGCUAUAAUCAAUGCCUAUUAUAUAUGCCAUAAUGUUGCUGAAUGUUUAGAUGCACGAGGGUUUCCAUGGCAAGGAGCUAAGAAAGGCAAAAAAAAGAAGAAAAAGAAGAAAUCGUGA